UGUGGAUUGGCAAGGAUGCGCGUGAAUAAGUCAAAGUACAAGGAUGGCCUCAUCAUUAUUAUCUCUGAAAAUUGGCGCUUAAUUGAACCAAUUACAGGAAGGCCAAAGUGCAACGAUUCAAAAGUGGCUGUGAGUGGCCGGUUGCUUCAUUUGCAAAUAGUGAGCGAACUGAUAACGCCUAGCAAUCUUUUGUCUUUUUUCACCAUCUAUAAAAUGAGUACCAAUUCUGUUCUCAGGCCAAUUUUGGCAGAAAAUUUUCCAAAUUUGUUGGAAAUAUUAAAGGAGAAACUUCCAGACUCAAUUCUCGCAUAUCACUGGACUGCGACACAUUUACAUUGGGCUCAAAACAUUCCAAGUCUAAAAGUUAAAAUUUUGUGCCUCAAUGGCGACUGGAGGCGCGGUGCGAUGGUUGGUUUGACGGAUGGACUGGCCGAAUCAAAUAAAAUCCUAGGAAUGAUUUACGCACCAGAAGACGAAUGUGAAUCUUUGAAUCGGUGCUUAAAAGCGACGGAACUGAUAGAGUGGGAAAGGGUGAAAUGCUUCGUCAACAAUUUGGAUCGAUUUCUCCCAACCCUCACUGAAAUUUUAAAACAAAAAGGAUUCAAGCACUCUGGCGAGUUCCAUGAUUCGUGCUUAUUGCUUUACUUGCCUGCUGAAGAAGCUGCGAACAUCCCACUUAAAGCUCUUCCAGAAAAAGUCCGCGUUGGAUCAUUGGACAAUUCACACCUGGACAUUGUUUGCGAAAACUGGCGACAUUACCACCCUGAUUAUCGGCCCGUCGUCCAAAAAAUGAUCCAGCUGAACGCGACCGUGGGUGUUUUCGUCACAAAUGAGCAGAAUGAGGAGGAAUUGGCGUCGAUGGUGCUUCACACUGACUACGGCGGCUUUGGAAUUUUGCAAACGGUGCCUAAGUUCAGAAGGAAAGGUUUUGCUUCGAUCGCUUUGGCACACAUCGUCAGGGCUCUUGGCCUGAAAGGGUUCAUGCCCUUUGGAACCGUUUUAGCCUGGAACGAGGACUCGGUGAAUCUUUUGAAGAAAUUUGGAUUCAAGGUUUUGGAAGCUUCAACUUGGUUGGAAUUAGAAAAAGAAUAAACUUAUGCGUGAUUAUUACAUCAAAGAAAACGAAUGAUAAUUUAAGAAACUCCUUAAAUGUGCUGCUCAAUAUACGCAUCA